AUGACAGAAAAUGCUCUUAGCGUCGGAUUUAUUGGCUCUGGAAUGAUGGCUUCGGCAUUGAUGUCGGGUUUGGUAGAAAAGAAGAUUGUUUCUGGUCCUUCGGCCAUCACCUGUUCUGAUGUUUGGCAACCAAGUCUAGACAUGGCCAAAGAAAAGGGAUUUAAUGCCACCAAAUCAAAUGGUGACGUGAUUGGAGCUUCAAAGGACGCUGUGAUUAUUGCCGUCAAGCCAUUUGUUGUGGCCGAAGUGUGUCAAGAUAUCGCCAAAGUGAACAGUGAUGCCGUCAUCAUUAGUAUUGCUGCUGGCGUGACGCUCGAUUUUCUACAAAGCAAACUUCCUGGUCGAAGAGUUGUCCGUGUCAUGCCCAAUACGCCUUGUCUCGUCGGCGAAGCAGCCUCUGGGUUUGCCUUGGGCAAUGGUUGUACGGACGAUGAUCGAAAGGUUGUGGAAUCAAUUUUUGGUUCAGUUGGAGUCGCCAAGGAGAUCAGUGAAGUCCUAUUGAAUGCUGUCACUGGUCUUAGUGGUAGUGGGCCUGCAUAUGUAUACCAAUUUAUUGAGGCUCUGGCGGAUGGUGGUGUCCGAUCAGGACUACCAAGAGCUGCCGCUUUGGAAUUGGCUGCUCAAACCGUCAAGGGAGCUGCCGAGAUGGUGCUUCAGACCGGCACACAUCCUGGCCAACUGAAGGACAAUGUAACAUCGCCAGGUGGAACUACCAUCGCGGGUAUCGAAGCGCUAGAAAGAGGAGGAUUUAGAGCUGCUACGAUUGGAGCAGUCGUGGCUGCAACCAAGAGGUCUAUGCAGCUCGGUGGCAUCUCUGAGGAAGAGAUAAGAUACAAACACAAUCUGUAA